GCUCUGGGAAUAUUUUUGGCUCCCAGCGGCUUCCAUCGCUCGGGCCCUGCUGACCCGCGAAGGAAACAGUGGCGGUCGAGUGGAUAGUCGGCACUUGACCUCUGACCCAGUUCCGCCACUACCUGACCUAUGACCUGGUACAGUCGGGCACAGGACAUAUCAUGAAGCUAAAGGAACUUGAGAGGCCUGCUGUCCAGGUGUGGAGUCCAGCCAGCCAGCACCCCAUCUAUCUGGCAACAGGAACAUCUGCCCAGCAGCUGGAUGCAUCCUUCAGCACAAAUGCUACCUUGGAAGUCUUUGAGGUUGAUUUCAGAGACCCUUCCCUGGACCUGAAGCACAAAGGAGUCCUUUCUGCUUCUAAUAGGUUUCACAAGUUGAUCUGGGGGAGCUUUAGCAGCGCAUCUCCUGAAGGUUUAGGAGUCAUUGCAGGAGGAGGGGACAAUGGCUUGCUCACUCUGUACAGUGUCUCCCAAAUCCUAACUUCUGGGAAGGAUGCUCUCAUUGCUCAGAAGGAGAAGCACACAGGUGCUAUCAGAGCCCUUGACUUUAAUCCUUUCCAGAGCAACCUCCUGGCCUCGGGAGCAAAUGAUUCAGAAAUCUACAUUUGGGAUUUAAAUAAUUUCAGUGUGCCAAUGACUCCAGGAUCUAAGUCUCAGCCUCCGGAGGAUGUUAGUGCACUGUCCUGGAAUCAGCAGGUCCAACACAUCCUGUCCUCUGCUCACCCCAGCGGCAAGGCUGUGGUGUGGGACCUCAGGAAGAAUGAGCCCGUCAUCAAGGUCAGCGACCACAGCAACAGGAUGCACUGCUCAGGCCUGGCUUGGCAUCCAGAAGUGGCUACCCAGCUGGUGCUGUGCUCUGAGGAUGAUCGCCUCCCAGUGAUCCAAAUGUGGGACCUACGGUUUGCCUCAUCCCCACUCAAAGUGCUGGACAGCCACAGCAGGGGAGUGCUAUCAGUGUCGUGGAGCCAGGCUGACCCAGAGCUGCUGCUCAGUAGUGCCAAAGACAACCAGAUUCUGUGCUGGAACCUAGGAAGUGGAGAGGUGGUAUAUAAGCUGCCCACACAGAAUCGAUGGUGCUUUGACGUCCAGUGGUGCCCCCGGAAUCCCCCAGUAUUCUCAGCCGCCUCCUUCAAUGGCUGGAUCAGUUUGUACUCAGUAAUGGGAGGAAAUUGGGAAGCCCAGCAGAAGACCCAGGCUGAUAAGAUCUCAUCUUCUUUCAGUAGCCUCGAUCCUUUUGGCAUUGGCUAUCCUCUUCCUCCACUGGAGGUACCAGAGCAGGUGGCCCACACCAACUUAAUCCCACCACUGAAGAAGCCCCCCAAAUGGAUUUGCAGGCCAACAGGUGCCUCAUUUGCAUUUGGGGGGAAGCUGGUUACCUUUGGUCUGCCCAGCCCCCCAAACCAGCAGGUGCCACAGCCCCACCUCAUCUUCAUCAGUCAAGUUACCACAGAGUCUGAGCUGUUGGCACGCUCCAAGGACCUGCAGGAAGCCUUAGGGUCAGGUAGUCUCCUGAAUUACUGUCAAAGCCAGAUCCAUCGAGCUUCAUCGCCCUCUGAGAAGAACAUAUGGCAGUUCCUAAAGGUGGCCUUGGAACAGGAAUCCAGGACCAGAUUCCUCAAGCUGUUAGGAUAUAGUAAGGAGGAGCUUUAUGAGAAGAUGGCCACAUGUUUGGGGAGUGGUUCGGAAGUAGGUGAGAGUCCUCACCCCAAAGGAGGUGACCUCCGCUGGAACAGACAAGCCUUCUGCAGGCAGGACUCCAGACGCUCUUCGGAGGAAUCUGCUACACCCUCUGCCUUCUUUGAUGAGCUUGUCCCUCAGAACAUGACCCCGUUGGAGAUCCCUGUCACAGAAGACACUGAUGGCCUGCUAAGCCAGGCCCUGCUGCUGGGAGAACUAGGCCAUGCUGUGGAACUGUGCCUGAAGGAAGAGAGGUUUGCAGAUGCCAUCAUCCUAGCUGGAGUUGGUGGGGAGCAGUUGUUGCGGAAGACUCAGCAGCGCUACUUUGCCCAGAAGAAAUCCAGGAUUGCCUCACUUCUGGCCUGCAUUGUGGAGCAGAAGUGGAGGAAUGUGGCAUGUUCAUGUAGUCUGAAGAGCUGGAAAGAGGCUCUGGCCCUGCUGCUGACACACUGUGGCCACCAAGACUUCCCUGAGCUCUGUGAUAUGCUGGGGACCCGCUUAGAGCAGGAGGGUGGAGGAACACUGUCUGCAGAAGCCUGCCUUUGCUACAUCUGCUCAGGAAAUGUAGAGCGGCUGGUGGAGUGCUGGCCGAAAAUCCACCAGACUUCUUCGCCCAUGGCUCUGCAGGAUUUGAUGGAGAAGGUGAUGGUUCUUAGUAGGAGUCCAGAGCUGCUCCAGCGCCCUGAGGGGGCAGUCCCUGGCCCUGCUAUGGCCUACAGAGUUACUCAGUAUGUCAGCCUGCUGGCAGGGCAGGGCAGCCUCGCCACUGCUAUGAGCUAUCUUCCCCAGCACUGUGCUCACCCCCCCAUCCAGCAGCUGAGAGAUCGCCUCUUCCAUGCCCAAGGGUCCAGGCUCCCAAACCAGCAGCCUCCUCCUUUCCCUUUUCCCCGGGUCCCGGUGGGGUCCUCUCCCCAGCCCAGAGGCCUCGGAGGCCAGCCCCAUGCUGCAGGAUUCCAGCCUCUUCACCAGGUCUCCACUCCAGCCCCAGGACCAGGGGUCUUCAUGCCUCAUCCCUCAGCGACGAUGGCCCUCUCCCACCCAAGCACCUAUCAAGGUCCCAGAACCCAGACCACAAGGGACUCCAGGGCAGCAGGUGCUCAGCUGGUUCCGCCUCCCCUGCCAGGUCCUAGAGCAGCUCCAGCUCUGCCUCAACCACAGCUGCUGGGAGCUCAGCAGACCCAAGCCUCUGGUCCUGUGGGCUUCCCAGGCACCCAGCCUUUCCCUGGGCCACCUCCCCCGAUGACUCCACAGACAGUAUCAUUUCCUGGCUCCACUUUUCCAGCAGGGGCCCCUGGCUUGUCUCCUUCACUUCCAGCCUGGGCCUCUGGGCCUGGCCUACCACCCCACAUUGGCUCCCGACCUCUAGCUCCUCCUGUCAGUUUCCCAAUGACAUGCUGUCCUCCUGGAGGGCCUGGUGCUCCAGUUUCUAGAACUUUGCCAGCCACUGGCAUCCUGGAUCCCCACUCAGGGCCCCGAGAACCCUGCAGAAAUACCUCAGCUUCCAAGGGAGGCCUCCAAAGAACAAAGCUGCCUGAGAUGUUUACUCCACCAGCUCCCAUCACUGCUCCUAUUGGGAACCUGCCCUCUAAUCCUCGAGAAGCCCGAUCGCCUGGCCCUCCCAUCUCUGGCAUGGGUCAGGCUCCCCCAGGAGCUCCAGGAGAGCUUACUCUGCACCAGCUGCAGCAGCUGCCACCUGAGCAAGUGAAGAAGAAGAAGAUGCCCCUGGAGCACCAGCCUCUGAAGGCCAGUUUUGAGGCCCUUCUACAGCGCUGUGCCCUGUCAGCCUCUGACCCUAAAACAAAACGGAAGCUAGAAGAAGUGGCCCUAAGACUGGAAUAUCUAUAUGAGAAGGUGCAGGAGGGAAUGCUCUCUCCCAAUGUCCUGGCUGGGCUCCAUGAGGUCUCCCGAUGUGUGGAUGCUGGCAGCUAUGAGCAGGCCCUGGCAGUGCACACCCAGGUGGUAGGCAGCAGCAGCUUCAGUGAGGUGUCUGGCUUCAUGCCUGCCCUGAAGACCAUCCUCACUAUUGCCUACAAGCUUCAAGGAGGACACUGAGAUGGGCCAUCUCGUCCUUCUGACCCUCUGUCUGGGUCUCUCACCCACAGCCUGAGGGUGGGAGACUGACAAGGCGCUGAGAUAGAUGGGGAUGGGCCUGGGAAGGAGGACAGGAAAAAUGUCUCCAUUGACCCCCAGUGCUAGAUUUGCUGCUGCUGUCGACUCACUUUGGCUGUCACUGAGCUCUGCGGGGGGGCCCCCCCCCCACCCCCCCCACCAGCCUGUGUGGGAGCUGACUUGGCUUAGCUGUGUGUUGCAAGGGUGGAUCCUCAUCCCAUCCUUUACCUUCCCCAUUCCGUUUGUCCCCUUUAUGCCAUCCCAGGUUCCUUUAGACUCCACUGUCUCCUGCCUUCUUCCCCUCAGCAGUCUUCAAAGAGGGUGAGAGAAAGGAUUCUGCACCCCCCUCCCUAUUUCUGCCACCAUUCUGGGCACCCACAAUGAGCAUUCUUUUUUGUGACCCUGUUCUUACCCUUAUCCCUCCUCAGGCCUGUGUCCAGUUCCUUUGGAGUUGGACAAGAUCUGGCUAGUGCUCAGUCCAGAUCCCUAGUCAGUUGGGGUGAGGGGUGGGGGUUGGGGAAGGCACCAGGCUAUGGAGAAGAAUGGAGAGUAGGACCUCCUCUACUAAGUCUGCUCAACAGUUGGUUUGGCCAAGUUACCUUUUCCCUUUUCCUCCUGUUGGGUGGGUGGGUGCAUGUGUGUGUGCCCAGGAAUCCAAGAGCUCAGUUCAUACUGCCUCCUUUCCCCACUCUGGGUGGAUGGCUUGUGAUGUAGUCACAAGUGAUCAUCAGAUUGUGUAUCCUAUGGUCCCAAGUGAUUAGACGUUCCAUGCUGUGGUCACAGGUGCUGUAGGAUAGGGGAGUGAGUGAGGGAAAAGAAGCAUUCCCCUUGCUCUGUUCUCCAGGGGUUGGCCCCCAGGAGGGUGGGGCAGACAUGGGCAGCUCUUAAGCCCCUCUGUCUCCUCUUCCUCUAAGCUCCUCACCAUGUGCCUCAGGCUCCCUUCUUUGGCUGCCUCUCACACCUUUGGAUUCUGCUGUUUGAUGCACUGAAAUACUUGAGGAUAAAAUAAAGCUCUUUGAUUGUA